AUGUCGACGAAGCGAAAAGUGCCAGCCAAGCUGGCUGCGCCGGUUGUAAAAUCGGCCGCAAAACUCCCCACAAAGAACACCAUUGACGAAUCUCGGACAUCCGUCGCCGCACCUGACGUCGUCCAAGGCUCGCAGGUUGAAACCAUUGAAAUCUCCUCUGAUUCCGCCAGCGACGAGGAGUUUACCGACGAAGAAGACGCCGCCGCGGUAGAACAGACCAAUGGCGAUAAACCGCCGCUCAAGGCACCCGUCGUGACCAAAUUAAACGGCAAGCCUAAAAAUGACGAUGCGGAAGCAGAAGAGUCUGACGAGGAAGGAACAUCACCAUCAUUCGGCGAGCUCUUACGAGGAAACGACGCCAUCGAUGUUCCAGCCCUCCUUCAGCAAUCCAUGUCAGGAACCGUGACGACACAACCCGCCCGAACGGCCAUUGUGCCACCCUCUCACCAAUCUCUCACCACUGUCUUGACACAGGCUCUAAAAACGGACGACACCGAACUCCUCGAAUCAUGCUUGCACACCCCAGAUGUCACCACCGUCCGAAAUACCAUCGAAACAAUAGACAGCUCCCUCGCCGGGAUUCUCCUCAACAAGCUCGCCGCCCGGUUAUAUCGCCGGCCCGGCCGCGCCGGAAAUCUCAUGGCCUGGGUGCAAUGGACGCUCAUCGCACACGGCGGCGCACUGGCAUCACAGCCCAAAGUCGUACACAGUCUGAAUAACCUGCAGAAGGUGCUGGCAGAGCGAGCCAAGGGGCUGAACAGUCUCCUCGCGCUCAAGGGUAAACUCGACAUGCUGGAACUGCAAAUGAGGCUACGGCGCAAGAUGCAACGACAAACUGGCCUCGUGGGGCCUGGCGACGACGCUGAGGAGGAUGACGAUGUUAUCUGGGUGGAGGGCGAGACGGACCCCAUUAGCAGGAAGGACCUCGCUAAUGGCGGUAGGUCAAGACGGGAUGAUGAUGAGGAUGAUGAUGUUCCCAUGAUUAAUGGGAUUGGAGAUUCGGAAGACGAGGAGGAGGAUUCGGAUGUGCAGGAGGAUGAUGAUAGUGAAGCGGCGGAGGAGUCGUUGGACGAAGAUGAAGUUGAUCACGAGGAUGUAGAUGAUUCAGCGGGCGAAGAGGAAGAAAGUGAUGCUGAGGCAGCGCCGCCUUCAAAAAUGCAGAAAGUAGGCAAGUCGUUUUCAAAGAGGAAAUGA